AUGCCAAUUCACUUCCCAACAAAUGAUCCUUCUUUGCUGUCUCACUUCUUGCCUAGAGAAGAGGCUGAUGUAAUUCCUUUCUCACUUAAGGAACUCCCAAACCUCUUCCAAUUUUUCUCGGUCUCUCGAGGUUCUUGCUUAGCCAAAUCCCUUGAAGACACUAAACAUUGUGAAUUUGAACCCAUGAAAAGAGAGACCAAUUUAUUAUUGCCAAGCCAAGAGAGUGGAAACAAGGUUCUUGAGGUUACUUUAGAAGGUGAGAAUGGAGACAGAGUGGAAGCUGCUUCUGUUUGCCACAUGGAUACAUCUGCCAGGCCCGGAACUUCUCCGGUAUGCCAUUUCUUCUCUCCAAACAAUCUUCGUUGGGUUCCAAUAUCAUCCACCAAGUAA